AUGGCCUCAGCACCCAAGAAAGCAAACGGCAACAAUGCUGACGCUCUCAUCUUCUCUGACGAUCCACACCACCCCGCCAACCACAUCUGCACCCUCUGCCACCAAUUCUACGGCCAUGGCUGGGUCACAGGAACCGGCGGCGGCCUCUCCAUCCGAAAGGACAACCACGUCUUCAUUGCUCCGUCGGGAGUCCAGAAAGAACUCAUGCGACCGACCGACAUGUUCGUAAUGGAUUUCCAGACGGGAGAAUACCUACGACGUCCCACGGUAGGUCUAGGACUUCCUCUUCCCUUGCUCUCCAAGUCGUUGCCAGCUCUCUUUGCUGACACGGUAAGUCUCUCAAACCUUCCGCCUGCACACCCCUCUUCCUCGCCUCCUUCACGAAACGCAAUGCGGGCUGCUGCAUUCACACCCACUCCCAAUGGGCUGUCCUCGUAACUCUGAUCUGCGAGCAAAACCUUCAGCUCGCUCCGCCGACCUCGACCACGCCCCAGGACUGGCCUCAGAACGCCAUCUUCUCCAUCAAGGAGAUUGAACAGAUAAAAGGCAUCUCCCGCGGCGGAGUUGGAAGCACAGAGAUUCUUGAGGGAGGCCGCAAGGCAGGAAACCUGGGCUUCUUUGAUACGAUGGAAAUCCCCAUCAUCGAGAACACCGCCCAUGAGGAGGACUUGAAGGAUACGUUGGAGAGGGCUAUCGAGGCGUGGCCCGAGUGUUGCGCGGUCUUGGUGAGGAGGCAUGGAGUUUAUGUUUGGGGAAAGGAUGUGAAGCAGGCCAAGACACAAGCGGAGAGUCUGGAUUACUUGUUUCAGCUUGCUGUGGAGAUGCACAAGAUGGGGAUGAAAUGGGUAUGA